AUGUAUGUAUCUAUAUGAAGUGUGUCAUUAAACUCAAGCUAAGGUCCUUCCAAUUAUAAUUUGAAGCAUCACAAAGUUGAAAAUGUAUUUCGUGUGAAACGAAUCAAGUGAUAGCUUAUAGACACAUACUGAAAACAGAACAACCACAAACACAAACAGAGAAUCAACGAAGACGAAAAAUGGUGAAGAUGAUGUGGGUUUCCGUUUUAGCUCUCGCAGCUGCGAUUCUCCUUUUGACGGUGGCCAAAAUCCCGGUGGCAGAAGGGGUGACGUGCUCGCCGAUGCAGCUAGCUUCAUGUGCGGCGGCGAUGACCUCAUCUUCCCCGCCAUCGGAGGCCUGCUGCGCAAAGCUGAGAGAGCAGCAGCCAUGCCUUUGUGGGUACAUGAGGAACCCUACCCUCCGCCAAUACAAUAGCUCUCCUAACGCCAGGAAAAUCUCCAGCAGUUGCAAGAUUGCUUCCCCAAAGUGUUAAGGAAAUGUUUGUUAAUCAUGAUUAGUUAGUGACAAGUUUCGCUGAUUAUAAGUGGGUUAGUUACUAGUUAAAGUGGGUCUUGUCUUCGUCAGAAAUGUUUAGAAUAAUAUUGGGUGAUGAUGCUGAU